AUGGGACAGCUGAAACAGCUUGCAGGCAUCCUGGCGCUGGCCUCUCCCGCCAUUGCAGCCUUCAGUGUCUAUGCACUCCAUGAUCCGGAUGCACUCAAAGCAUCGCUUGGUGUGACCUCAGAGUGUCUUUCGGCUCUAAACUACACCGUCGAGUGUGAUGGCCCCAGUGCUGUUAGAGCCACCAAAAAUUCAGACAACGACCUAGCCUGGUCUAUGGAUGACCUGACGACUCUAUGUACUGAUGGCUGCUCAAAGUCCCUGUCCACCUGGCUCGAUGCCGUCGAGCAGAAGUGUGAAGACGAAGAAGUGACCAUCAACGGCCUCGUCGUCGAUCCAAAGGCGUUUCCUAUGAAAUAUAUAUCGGGCUAUGACUUGGCCUGUCUGCGAGAUAGCUGGGACAAGAAGCAGCCGGAUGCUUGUAGCGGUGAAAAUCCGCCAGCUGAUUGUGAUAAAAAGGGCUCUGAGGAGGACGUGGACACCCUAUACGUGACCAAUUCGUACGAUAAAGAACUGUACUGCAGCGAGUGCUUUAUGCUUCUCUGGAGGCAGAGGAUUGAGUCUCCCGUCUUCCCCCAGGGCAAUCUCCUAGACCAUUUCACCAAGCAGUUCAGCAAGCUAGAGGCUGCCUGUUCGACGAAGCUACCCCUGAUAACACCAGCACCAACCGUGGUAUUGGGGGCUAAAGACACCCUUCCACCAGCCACAGGCUACCAUACCGAUGGAUCGACCGUGUUUAGAUAUGCUUCGCCUCCAGCACCAACAAUUACUACUGAAGAGCCAAUUGCUAAACGCACUGCUGCUCCCAGGGCCAUGAAGACAUUCUACACUCCCGUGAAAUGUCCAAAACUUGCUAACCUUUCCUAA